AUGGUAGCAAUUCUUUCCCUGAUGAAUCUAAUGGUAAAUCUAGGAACCAUUAUCGUAGCACCCGCAGCCCCGCAAAUCCUCGCAGGCUUUCAUGAAAACAGCGGUCUAUACUCUACCAUCCUCGUAUCCAUCUGGGAGCUAGGCGAAAUUCUCGGGCCUUUGAUAAUCGCGCCUCUCGCGGAGCUUUAUGGAAAGCUGGUUAUAUACAACGUAGCCAACGUCCUCUUCAUCAUCUUCUCGAUUGGAGGAGCGACCAGUACUAACAUCGACAAGCUCAUUGCGUUUCGAUGUUUAAGUGGUCUGAUGGUUGCAUCUACAACACUCAAUGAUGGAACUAUAGGUGACAUGUUUCCUCCAGAGCAGCGUGGAGGUGCUAUAUCACUUAUCAGUCUUUUUCCACUACUGGGUAUCGUCGUUGGUCCGAUCAUCGGAGGGUAUCUUACGGCUGCUGCGGGAUGGCGCUGGACAUUCUGGAUCAUCACUAUUGCAACCGGUGUUGUGCAAAUAGGAAUUUUUGUUCCUGAGAGAAACAUACGCGGUAACGAUUCUCCAAAAAAAAGACGAACCGGUUUAAGAAAGGAAACAGGAAACAUGGCACUCUCCGAUCUAAAUAUGCGAGCGAUCUUUCUAAAAGCGAGGUCUUCCGAACGGGAGCUUUAA